UGCGGCACGCGUAUUCCCCACUUUCGUUGCGAUCGCCGAAUUCCUUGCCCACUUUCGUUGCGAUCGCCGAAUCCUUUAUUGGGCUUUUUUCGUGGAAAUAGGAAGUGCAAAUAAUAAUAAAUGAAAAAAGCUAUUAGGCAAGACUGACAACGCCCCAAUGAAAUGAGGGACUUGCUAUUCCAAGCAACGGUCAAAAAUGUUAUAGAUAUUUGAGAUACACAAAAAACAAGUGCAACGCAAAGACGAAUCUGAAAAAAAGGAUACUACGAGUUAUAAACUGUGUUUUUAGAAUUUGAGAAAAAAUAUGAAUCUUAAACACUUCUUGAAUCAUGCACCCUCAUACAUACAUGUGUGUACCACUGUUGGAAAAAAAUAAAAAAAAUACAACUUUACCCCAUUUAACAAAACAAAUAAUGCAAUUUCUGCUUGUAAUGUAAAAGUUCAUGCAUACAGCAGUUGAGUUAAGUGCAGCACUUUAAAGUUUAACAAAAAACGUUAGAAAAUCUCAUGAAUUAUUGUUUUUUGUGGAAACAUUGUACAAAGUUCUAACAAAUAUAUUAGUAAAAAUAUUGAUAGACGCCCAAUUCAGAUGAACGAAGAGUACUAAAUAACCGCUCCAAGUAAAAUAAGAUCAAAAUGAUGGAAGUAAAACAAAAUACGGCGGUCGAUUUGAAUGACCUCUUGGCUCCGGUUAAAAACACAGAAGCAACUGAUGAGGUUGAUGACGUUAUUAUGACAGACUUAACAGAGAGAGCAGCACACGAAUUAAAUUGUGAUAUGAUAAAGACAAGUGAAAAGUCCAACAAUGGCUUGGUCACAAAUGGCGAGGAAACUAUUUCCUCCUUAAUUGAUUUGGAUUCAACUAAUGUUGCACUUGCCACUCCUGUCCCUGCUGAGCUUGAGGAUGCUUUAUUGGCCGAAGAGGAUGUCUUGCCAAAGUUGACUGAUGCUAAAGUGAACAGUGCCACAUCGUCGUCUGCCGCAGUAGAUGACAUUUUGGCAGAUAAAGUGGAGACAUCAAAUUCCACAACCAGUUCAAAUAAUGUGCGCGAUCCUGGGGACGACUUAGAUACGCUUCUAUCAAAAAUCAAUGAUAUUGUGGAUGAUUGUAUGGACAGUGAAAUGGCUCCUGUAGAUAACAUUCCGAAGACAGAGGACGAAAAUACGGAUUUAGCUCCAGAUUCAACUAAUGCAAACCAAGAGCCUGUAGAUGAGAGCGUAAUUACGUUAGACGAUACAGUAGCAGAGGAUAGCUGCAUAGAAAAUGAUGACAUAUCGAACCAGGAUGAAAAAGGCACAGUUAGUGAAGCAGCGGAAUCUCUUGCAGAUGAUAAUAACGAUGUCAUAAGGGAUGUGGAAAUUAAUUCAAGCGAGCAAACAGAUGUGGAAAGUCAUCGGCUGGAUAAGAUGUCUGAAAAUGAUUUGGAUGAUGGAAAUGUUAUUGAUCAGCCUACGGCAAUAGAAGCAAACAGUGACAAUGAGGCUAGAGAGUCAAAAACGGAAAAAAGUGUAGAUGAAGAAUCUACUCUUGCGAAAGUAUCCAGUGAUAAUAUUUCUAAAGAGAAUAUUCCAAAAGAGUUUGAUUCUGAAGAUAAUUCUUGUUUAGAUGAUAUAUCUAAAGAGCCGACUCCUAAAGAUAUUCCCCUAGAGGAAGGCUCCAUGGAGGAAUCCGCAAAAGAACAAUGUACAAUGGACUCGAACGCUGCUGGAGCAAAUUCUGAGAAUAUGAAUUUGGAUGAAUCAGAAGCUGUAGUUGAAGAUGAAAGAGAAAACAUCGAUGAUGAAAAGAGUCAGGAACAAGAUAUCGAUGAAAUAAAAGAGGAUGAUGCGGAAAUUGACCAAUUAAAUGAGGAUGAACUGCUGAAAGAUGAUGAUAAAAUGGAUGAUAUUGACUUACAUGUGGAUGAUAAAAUCAAUGAUGAUCAGCUGUUGGAAGACGUUGCAACUACCAAUGCGAAAUCUGAUAUUGAAAAAGGGAGCAAAGUACCAGGUUUAAAAGAGGGUAUUAGAUUGGAAGAGGUUGCCCAAGAAAAUAUAUUAAAAGACGACGUUGGGGAGCUUGAAGGAAAAGUUCCGCAGUCGAAAGACGAUAAACCAGAAAUUGAAGUCUCUGAGCUAAAUAUAAAUGAAGGAGAGAAAGAAACUAAAGACCAAGAUGAGGUAACAGAAGAGGAUAAUCAGAAACAAGACAAGGAAGAAACAACCACUCCUAUAAUUGAAUCCAGUAAUUCUGCAUCUAUUCCUCAGUUUGAGACUGAAGAGAAAGUCGAGGUGCAAAAACAGGAGAAAAAGAUUGAAAAUGAGGAUUCCGAUGAUGACAUCGUGUUCUAUGUGGACAAGCCACCGGAAGCUGAAAAGGAAAAACCCUCAGAGACAUCUGAAACAAAUGAAAAGCAAGCAGUUGAGGUGGAAAAUAGGAAAACAAAAUCUGCUGAUGAUGAUGAUAUUGUUAUUCUCGAUGACGACGAUGAAGUACAAACGGACAAAAAACCAACAUCUGACACGAGCCAAAAGGAGGUGACAUUAUCCCCAGCAAAAACUUCCAAUGACAACCAAACUGACAAGGAAGUUGAAUCCGAAGCAGAGAAAAAGGAUGCGGAAAAUGAUCGGAAACAUUCCACCAUAGACAUGGAUAAUUCGGAUAAUGCUCGAGAUGAUUUUGUGGUUAGUGACAAACCGUCCACGGCCGUCGACAAAAAGGUUGAAGAGACCGAAGACAAUAACAGUAACUGCAGCAGUAGUAGUAAUCUCUUGCUGGAAGCUAAGCAAACCGAGAAUAUCAACGAUGAGCCUACCCAAGAAGACAACGAUAAUGACAAUGAUGAGGAUGAUGAUGACGGGGAUGUAGAAUUAAUUGAAACUGAAUCCAAAGAAGCCGAACUAGCUUCAGAAAAGGGUGAUGAAUCCUCAGAUAUUAUCCAGCCUGCCAAGCGUCCUAGGUUGAGUGAAGAUAGCGAAAUGUCUUCAAAAACCGAUGAGGCAAGCAAGAGCAGAAGAACGUCGGAAAGCUUGGAAAAGAAAACAGAUGUCACCGAUUCAACAACAGCUGAUAGCACGACACCCAACUCCCUGAAGCGUACACACGAUGUAAUUGAAUUGGAGCUCGAUGAUGAGAAAUCAAAUGACUCAAGCAUUGAGAGUGCCAACAAAAAGGCCAGGACGGAAGAAGGAAGUGCAACAAAAGAGGACUCGGAAAAUAAAAAACCAAAGGAGGAGAUGGAUUCAAAAAUUGAAGCGAAAAAAGAUAUUGUCAAAAUUGUCCCUUCCGAUAUACCAAUACCGUUGUAUCCACCACCAAAGUUGAAGAAUCUAAGCUCCCACGAGUCCAUUGGGUUGGGCUUCUUGAAAAAGUUCCGCAAAUCCUUCGAUAAAAUGACCAAACAAGAUUUGGAAGAACUCGUGCUACAAAAAGUCGUUGAAGCCAUCAUCCACCGAAGUGAAUUUGCAGAAAUGCGCGAAUUAAUUGAGAAACAAGAGAAAAUAAUAACAACACAUCGAACAAGAAUAUCCGAAUUGUCAAAGCAGUUCCGUGACCUUGAAAUGGUUCACAAUCGUGUGGUAAAGGACAUUGAGCAGCGCAAUUCUCAGUUCAUAAUGCCAGUCAAAAUCACUCGGGCUGUGGGUCUUCAAGUCUACAUACCCAACAAGAAAACAGUAAUGGAAUCUCCAGUUAGCGCUAGUAGUGGUCCACCUGCCAGUAUGCCCACUGUUUCUCCUCAACGACCCACAACUUCAUCACAAAAUAAUUUGACAUCACCCCAGAGACAAUAUCAUUCGUCAACCCAAGCCACAGAAGUACGUAAUACUCAAUCCAAUACUGUUAACACAUCGGCAAUAAAUUCUGCUUCAUUACAACGGCGUGGUUGCGCCCAGAAAGUAACACCAAUUCGACCAGUACCCAGCACCAAUUCGUCAACAGCAAGUGCAACUUCCAGCAGUUCUGCUGCCAGUACUCAAGUAUAUCGCAAUAGUCCCAAUCAAAAUCAGCAAAUAUCAUCACAACCCAGAAUUUUAAAUAAAAAUGCUUCAAAUGCACCCAUGGGUGCAACAUCAGUUAGCGCCAAUGCUUCCACCAUGCAGAGGCAAAGAUAUAUGCAAUCCACUCCAGACUCGGCACAGCGUCUGCAGCAUACGCAACAAAACAACGUUCGACCUGUCAACAACACUAUGUCCAACCAACGAGUUGCACCACAACAAAAAUUACCUACAGCACCCACUGCACCGCAACGACGUCCAGAUGCCACAACCCCGACUGGUUCAGGAGGUAGUACAGCAGCUUUGGAUAAUUACAUGAGUACACUAAGCCAACUGACUGGGGGUAAUACUGCGGUUAGUAUUACACCAGCCAAACCCAAAGAGAAGGCUGUUAUUGAUCUAACUGAUGAAGAUGAGACACCCUCUGCGCCGCAACAAACCAAUAAUGCGCCCGCGGUUCAAGCUCAACGCCGGAGUUUGCCGGUACAAAGCAGCAACAUGAAUUCUACUCAACAGCAGUAUGGCAGAACUGCGCCACCAUUGACUCGCAUACCGCCCAAUAGCCAAAUGGCCAACACUAAUAAAAGCCGUCAAAUGGCAAUGCAAGGCCAAAAGAACAGUCCGUACUCAUCAACAAUCAAUACACCUCCCGGUACAAGUAUUACCCGCAUAAAUGUUGGCGCCAACGCUCAAGGACCGCAGCGUGUAAAAUACAGCCAUCCGGCACCUUUGCCCGCCACACCACCCCAGGCUUUCAAUCCAUCGUGGAAGUUGCCACCUCCGCGUCCCACUAUACGCAUUAGCAACUUGGACAAUGGCAUUGUUAUUUCGUGGACCAUGGAGGAAGCCAUGGACCGUCACGCCGAAUGUGUCAGCUACCAGAUUUACGCCUAUCAAGAAACCUCAGGCCCGCCCUUGGUUGAUUCGUGGCGUCAUGUGGGUGACGUUAAGGCCAUGCUUUUGCCUAUGGCUGUAACGCUAACACAGUUUCAAGAGGGACAGCGUUACUUUUUCGCUGUAAGGGCAGUUGACUGUCAUCAACGUUAUGGGCCUUUCAGCUUGCCGAAGACAUGGAGUUAAACUGCCUAGCCGUGCUGAACUGUCCCUCUUCCCCCUCCAUGAGACACAGAGGAACAACACAUUAUUGAAGUUUCAUCUUGUUUUGUGUAAUUUUUUCUUGAUACUGUAAUUAGCUAUUUAUUUCCUCGUCUGCUUAAGUUGUAUGUUAAUAACUAAGGGUUUUGCGUUAAGUGAGGAUGUACAGUUGUCCCGAUUAGAUCGCACACACACACACGCGCACUCAUUCGGCAAGCAAGUUUUAUAUAAAUGAGCGGGAGGAGCUCUGUAAUUUAUUUUCCACAUUUCUUGAUUCUAUUUAUUACAAACUUCCUAAAAUCAAAUCUAAAAUACUAAACCAUUUUUACCAAGACUACCACCCUUCCUUUGCACUUUUAGUAUUCUUCCCAUUAGUUCCCAUUAAAUUUUAUUAUAUAAACCUUUCCGUAAAGGCCUGAAUUCAGUGUGUAAAAGUUUUAGUUUUAACUAUUAUUUUUUAAUUUUAGUUUAGUGUUUAAAUAGAGAAAUAAGUUUUUUUUAACCAACAAUGCAAAUGGUACGAAACAUUGUACUGUUGAAAAGAGCAAGCUUCUGACAUAUAGACAUAUAGCUUCAUUCGGCUAUAAUUUAAAUGGUAUAUUAUAUAAUUAAUAUAAAUAUUUGCACUAAAAUAUAAACAUGAAAUCAAUCUACUAUAUAUAGAGAGAGAUAGCAUUAAAAUAAAUUCCUAAUACCUAAUGGA